AUGAGUGUUUCACCAGCACGAAGUACCGAUUCAAGGGAUAUUGAAGUAAAUGUUGUAUCUAGUCCAGAAUCAUCAACAAAUCCAAGUCGUUCCGGUACACCAGAACCAAAUAAUUAUUCCAGAAUGGUUAAUCAUACAAUUCCAGCUGGAAUUACUUGCUAUCCAAUCAUAAAAACUAAUAGUGUUGUGAAUGAUUUUUUAAUUAACAAUAAUAGUGAUAAUGAGAAAAUGUCGAAGGAUAAUAAUUCGAAGGAGAAUAGUUCAUCACCGAAAAUACAUCAUCAUGGUGUUGUUAGUCCGAAAUUAAAUAAUACAAAUAAUAAUACAUCGACGUCUACAUCGUCCACGGGGUACACGUCGUUUUCUAUAUCUAGUAUAUUAAGUCGACAAGAACCGUCGGCGGCGACAAAACGAAAUUGUUCGUCGAAUAAUAAUAACGUUAAUGGACAAACAAAUAAUAAUAAUAGUAAUAAUAAUAAUAAUAGUGUAUUAGAGGCAGCGGCUUUAACGGCAGCCGCAUCGUUAACACCUUGCACAGCGGCUGACAGUGCUAUGUUAUCCAGGCUGGGUCUUAUGUCCCAUUUUGGUGCAUUGGCAGCAGCAACAAGCCGAUAUGCAGCAUUAUAUCCAAAUUCAGCACAUGGUGCACACGAUCCAAAAACGUUACCUUGGUAUUGGGGUCGAAUACCACCAACACAUCCUGGUCUGGGUGCAUUGGAUCGACCAAGUCCGAACGAUGGCUCCACAACAAAUGACGACACAUCACCGAUUGGCUCACCACGCAAUACAAACGAACCAUCAAACAAUCAAACACAUUCCUCGGAAAAUCGUUCAUCACGACCAAGUAGUCCUGAUCGACGAUCACCUCCAAACACACCACCCCCGCAUCAUUUAUCCAACAUUCUCGGGGCACAUCAUCCGGCAUUCCUUGAUUCCACCGCAAACUAUUUACAAAUGUCACGUUCCAAAAGUCCGUACCGCGAAAGUGAUAGUAUGGUUAUCGAAGAAGACGACAUGGUGGACGACGAUGAUGAAUAUGACGGGAAUGAUAAGGAUAAAAAUAAAUCAAAUUCUGGAUCAAUGAGUCCCGGGAAUUCAAUGGGGAACAAACGAAAGAAAAAAACUCGAACAGUUUUUUCACGAUCACAAGUCUUUCAAUUAGAAUCUACUUUUGAUAUGAAACGAUACUUGUCGUCAUCCGAACGAGCUGGAUUAGCAGCAAGUUUACAUUUAACGGAAACCCAAGUGAAAAUCUGGUUUCAAAAUCGUCGUAAUAAAUGGAAACGACAAUUAGCUGCGGAGCUAGAAGCAGCUAAUAUGGCACAUGCCGCACAGCGAUUGGUUCGUGUACCAAUUUUAUAUCAUGAUGCAAGUGUAAAUCCUGGUUCAUCGCCUCUCGGUACACAAAUACGUCAUCCAUUAGCGGGUAUCCAUCAUGAUGCGCUACAUCACCAUCACUUAGAUGCGAUAUCCUCGCGGGAUAUUGCAUCAAGUAUUGCUAGUUCUGUGGCUGGUGGUAUUACAACAUCUGUUACGUCACCAACUACAGCCACUGGUUACCCUACCUCGUUGUCGUAUUAUCAUCACCAAGCAGCCGUGGCUGCGGCAGCGGUUCAUUCAAUGCCUGCUAGUCCUGUAGCGACACGAGCGCCGCCAAUGUCCAGUUUAGUUUAA